AUGUUCGGAGCCUUGAGCUCCGAUAUUGUUUCCUGGCGCCUAGCCGAUUUUUACAAAGAUGUCAUAGCAGUGGAUUACAAAGUCAAGACCGAUGAAUUUGAAAUUUCAAACGUUCAUAUCUCAACGGCCAUUCCAAGAUUAACGUGCUUUGUAUCACUGGUGCACAGAGUGUUGCUGCAUGUGAAAUUUAAAGACCGAAGCUCACAAAGGCAAAUUAGUUACAUCGUCAAAGAGAGAGUCGACACUAAUGAUGAAUUUGAGGUGGCAGGACAUUCUUGUGUGUUUUCUAAAGAAAUCGAACUCUAUACGCAAAUUCUUCCCAGUAUUGAGAAACAAUGGGCGAAUGAAAGUGUGAAGUUUGGACCAAGGGUGUUCAAGGUUACCAUGUCACCCUUCAAGGUAAUCGUUAUGGAGGAUCUCAGAUCAACCGGGUUUCGAGCUAAGAGGAGUGAAACAGGUUUCAAGACAUCUGAUUGUGAGCAAGUGCUGGAAAAACUGGCCAAAUUUCACGCAGCUUCGGUGCUAUAUUUUGAACGAAAAGGGUCUUACUCGGAUCAGUUCAAAAGUGGGGCUUUGAAUCUUAAAGCUACGAAAGCCUACGAGGUCUACUAUUCUACUUUGUUCGAUUCAUUCUACCAAAUUUUGGAUGAAUUAAAAUACCACCCGAGAAUUUUGGAAACUCUGCAACCUCUGAAAGGAAAAGUAUACUCAGCUACCUGCAAUUUAUUCCGAUUCAACCCUAAUAAAUUUAAUGUUCUGAACCACGGAGAUCUUCGAAUGAGCAACAUUCAUAUUAGAGAAUAUGAUAAACUUUUCCUCAACUAUCAAACAUCAUUUUUCGGCUCACCGUCGUUCGACUUGCUUUAUUUCCUAACCAUGUCUGCAUCAUUCUGCACUAGAAUAGACCGGUUCGAUCACCUGAUCGACUACUACUACAGGCACUUGAAAACAAGUCUCAGGCAGCUAGGAGUGAUGACAGCAAUACCGACGCAACGACAACUUCGUGAUGAAAUCACUGCACAUGGAUUUCUGAUGUGCCUCAAAUCAACGGAGUCCCUCGCCCUCACACUGGGGAUGCCGAACUUGGAACUCGAUAUGAAACUGUUUCGUUCCACCGGACCAGAAGGAGCCGAAUUCAGAAGGAAUCUCUAUGCGAAUGUUCAGUUUGAGAAAACGUUGGAGAGGCUUGUGAUGUUCAUGUGGAAAAAAGGGUUCUUGAAUAUUUCUCAAAUCUGA